AUGAUCCCCCGAAUCUCAUCCUACCUCCUCUUCCUCCCCCUCCUCCUCCUCUCCCUCCUCCUCCACCCAGUCACCUCACAAACCCCCUCCCCCUCCUCCUCAUCACUCAACGCCCUCGACCAAAUUCUCUUAACAUCCUCAAUACCACCCGACAUCCUCUCCAUCUUCUCACACUACUUCCCUUCAAGCCUACUCACAGACUCCGCCGCGGUCGCGAGCGAGCUCUCCAUCCUCACCGCCGAGGACGGGGUCUCGGCUAUCGGUGGGAGCUCGACGAGCGGUUCUGCUCAGACGACGAGCAUGAUGGGUGGAAGUAGUGGGGUUGCGAGGUCGCAGACGUCUGCGUCUUUGUCUUCAUCUUCAUCUUCAGUAUUGUCGUCGUCGUCGGCGCUGCCGUCGAGCUCGUCCGAGAUCGUGGCGGCAAGUAGCCCGAUCUCUUCAUCGUGCUCUGUAUCCUCCUCGUCCACCAGCAAAUCAUCAUCACCCCCUCUUUCCUCUUCACCCCUCCACUCCUCCUCAUCGCCAUCACCCUCCUCCUCUUCUACAUCAUCUACACCCUCCAGCACAUCCUCUGACGCAUCCAACCUCCGCCGCCGCAGCGGCUCGCUUGCAGCGCUGGUAUCAACCGCGGCGCUGUGCUGGUUUGUUUUGCUUUAA